GUAAGAAGCAAACCUGGGAUCCGAAGCUCGUCAUGGAGACCUUGGCAGACUUCAAAAAGUGCGGCACCUACGACCUACGACGCACGUAUGGAAGCUACUUGCGAGCCUGGCGGCUGGUGCUCAGCCCCAAUGACUCAGUGACGGUGUCCCGCAUCCAGUUCUUGACCGCGUGCUCGGCUCUGGGAUUUAAGGAUGCUGGCAAAGUUCUCUGGCGCGCCUUCGGAAGGGACAGUGCCAGGGCUCGGUGA